UGCUCCGUGAUGGAUUUCUACCCUGCUGCCAUCCAGGUGAGGUGGUUCCAGGGCCAGCAGGAGCUCUCGGAGCACGUGGUGGCCACCGACGUGGUCCCCAACGGGGACUGGACCCACCAGCUGCUGGUGCUGCUGGAAACGCCGCCCCGGCGCGGGCUCAGCUACAGCUGCCAGGUGGAGCACGUCAGCCUGGAGCAGCCCCUGAGGCGGCACUGGGAGAUGCCGCCGGACGCCGCCAGCAGCAAGAUGCUGACGGGCAUCGGGGGCUUCGUCUUGGGCUUCGUCUUCCUGGCACUGCUCAGCCCUGAGCAGGACCAGCGCAGCUCCAUGGUGGGCACUGCUCACUGGAUGGCCCCAGAAGUUGUGACCAGAUCUCCUUAUGGCCCCAAGGUGGACAUCUGGGCCUUUGGCAUUGUGACCAUUGGGAUGGCUCGCGCUCUGAUCCGGCAGAACGGGAGCCCGCAGCUGCAGAAGCUCCGGCGCCUGUCGGCUCUGCUGCGGGGCUGCCUCGAGUGCAGCCUGGAGCCGGACGAGGAGCGGCGCUGGCAAAGCAACUGA